AUGUCAUUACAACUGGCGACGACGGAUGUAGAGAGUCUGCAACAGGCAAUGCCUACCGGAGCUUCGGGCGACGUGACUGGACAGUCAGUUCCAACGGCUAUGGGAUGCCUAGGACACAUCGAGCCCUUCGAUCCCAACAUGUCGGACGGCUGGGAGUGCUACUUGGAAAGGAUAAACUUGUGCUUCGAGACCAACGGGUUAUCGGAUGCCGGUCGACGCAAGUCAGUUUUCUUGACUUUGUGCGGAUCCGAAACCUACGGCUUGGUUCAGUCGUUGUUGCUUCCUCGAAAACUGGCCGUAUGCUCCUACCAGGAGGUCCACAAUGCCCUGACUGAACAUUUUGCCCCACAGCCGUCGGAGAUCCUUCGGCGGUUCCACUUCCAUAAAAGGGACCAGCAAGAAGGGGAGAGUAUCACGAAGUACAUGGCUGAAAUUCGGAAUCUAAGUGAAUUCUGCAACUUCACGGACUUGGACAGUAUGUUACGCGACCGUCUGGUGUGCGGCAUCAGAGACCAGGCGAUCCAGAAACGGUUAUUUGCUGAUUCCAAGCUCACGCUGAAGUCGGCCUUGGAGAUUGCGCUAGCCGCUGAGGCCGCCAACAAGAACGUCUCGGAGAUUAAAGACGCAGCGAAAGAGCUUCACUACGCUUCGAAUCAGGCCACUGGAAAAGUUAAAAAGCGACACCGCUCCAAGGAACAGCGUCGUGAACCCCAAAAGAAUGGCUGUAACCGUUGCGGAGGAAGUCAUGACAAUCAAUCGUGCCGCUUCAAGAAUGCGGUCUGCAAGUUCUGCAGAAAGAAAGGACACCUGGAGCGUGUGUGCUUUAAGAAACAGAAGUCAGCAACGGGAGUUCCUCUCCCAGGACCUCUUAACCACAUCGAGGACGACGUCCUGGACGAGGUGACAAGUUCGAUGAACCACAUGGACCGGCAAGACAACACAGGGGACACUGACCCUAUCAUGGUCAAACUUAGACUGGACGGAGCACCAUUGGCCAUGGAGGUUGACUCUGGGGCCGGACCUUCCGCCCUCAGCGAGACGGUGUACCGGAAGCUUUGGAGCCGGCCACCACCGCUUCAGACGUCAUCAACGGUUCUUCGGACUUGGUCUCAGCAACAAGUACCCAUCCUAGGCUCUCUUGACGUUGAGGUGCAGUACACCAACAUCAGUACUCGACAGUCGGUGCUGGUAGCACCUGGCGACGGCCCGUGUUUACAAGGGCGCUCCUGGUUCAGAGACUUGGGAAUUGAGGUUCAAGGAGUUCAUGCCAUGCUUGAUAAAGACCAGGUUUGGUUACGCAACCCGGUGUUCGGAGGAGGACUGGGAAAGUUCACAGGGCCACCAGUCACGAUCGACAUCGAGAAGGAUGCUACACCUGUUUUCAAGAAAUGCCGCCCGAUUCCAUUUGCCAUGCGCGACAAAGUGUCGUUGGCUAUCCAGAAGAUGGUGACGGAAGGAGUCCUCGAGCCGGUCGCGUUCUCAAAAUGUGCUACGCGAAUUGUACCGGUUCACAAGCGGAACGGAACGAUCCGCAUCUGCGGAGACUACAGAUGCACGGUGAAUACCGUAAGCCAACCAGACAAGUAUCCAUUGCCCACAUCCACAGAGAUGUUCGCAUUCCUGGCCAAUGGGGUGUUAUUUACCAAGCUUGAUCUGGAACAGGCUUAUCUACAGCUGCCAGUAGAUGAAGAGUCAUCGUCGCUCUUGACGUUGAAUACGCCACUGGGGCUUUUCAAAGUAAAACGCUUGCCAUUUUGGGUGUCCGCUGCUCCAGGGAUAUUUCAACGCUUCAUUGAGACGGUACUACAUGGUGUUCCUGGCGUUGCAGCUUUUCUUGAUGACAUCAUCAUUACUGGAAAGACGGUUCAGGAGCAUGACCAGAGAGUCCAGCUACUGUUAGAGCGACUGCAACAUACCGCCGACGGUAUCCGCCCGUGUGCUGAGAUAAGUGAAAGCGGUCCACGAUGCCAGGGAGCCGAACGACAAGAAAGAGCUCCAGGCUUUCCUGGGACUUGUUAA